AUGGAUAAUAGGAGAAUAGAGAGCUUUGAGGAAUUUUUUAACCAAAUUGAGAGUUCCUCACUUAACGAUGAAUCAGGACCAUUUUGUCCUCAGGAUUUGCAAUGUAUAAGUAGUACGAGUCAGAAAUAUGGUCAGGAUUUACAAAAUGGAAUGGGGAUUACGCAUUCUAGGUUUCACAGACAAAGACGAGUGUCGCUUAGCUUCCUACCAUUCUGUGAUUUAAAUAGUACAAUAGCCAUACCUUGCUGUUCAGGAUUAGAUGACAAAGAAUUUGACUCAGAAGACCUCAGAAAAAAGUGUGAAAGUCCUGCAAAGAAGAGCGAAACAAGGAGAGGGAAGGAAUCAAAGUCAAAGCAUGCUAUUGUAGCUAACACUAGGACAAAUACCACCCCCCAUAAUAGCACGGAGACAAGCAUUGUAGAGAAAUCCACUGCGGUUUUAGCCGCUGGGCCCGAAAUUCACACAACUGAUCCCCUGCUUAUCAUAGGACUACCUGAAUCAAUAAUAGACGUAGAGCAAACCAACAUUGACGAAUCUGAUGAACAAAUUUGCUUUCUGCUCGGUCGGAACAGUUUAAUACUAAAUACAUCCCCAUAUGAAGAAUAUAGAAAACACUCAAUAUGCUCCAUGUCAAGCGUAUCUGAUACUGAAGAGUCUGAAGAAGUUGACGUUGUAGCAUCAUCAUCAAAUCUCAAUCCCAUCGUCCCAGAUCUAUUUCCCAAAAUGGAUCUAGAUGACGAUGAACAAUUUAUGAAGUUCAACAAAUUACCACUAACGCCUGCAUAUGUGUCUAAAUAA